AUGGUCAAACGAAGCAAGCUGCUUCAGGCUCUCGAUGCCCACAAGGGUCGCGAUUAUGAUGCCGAGAAGCAGAAGAAGUCAGUUAAGGCUGCCGAGAAGCGCAAAGGCUUGAAGAAGACCGAUGCCAGCCCAGCUAAGGUCAAGGAGACCGAGGAGGUUGCUGAGGAAGAGGCCGUGAGCUCCGAGGCUGACGAGAGCGAAGAGGCUCAGAACAAGGAGGAAGCAGAGGAGUCCGACGAGGAAGAGGUUGAGGAGGAAGAGGAUGACGAGGAGGAAGAAGAAGAAGAUAUCCCUCUAUCAGACCUUGAAGAUGACGAGCGCGAAGAUGUCGUCACUCACCAACGCCUGACAAUUAACAACUCCGCCGCAAUCACCUCCUCCCUCAAGCGAAUCUCUUUCAUCACAUCUCAGACCCCAUUCUCCGAGCACAAUUCCCUCGUGUCCAAAGAGCCGAUCGAGGUUGAAGACCCCAACGAUGAUCUCAACCGUGAAUUGGCUUUCUACAAGGUUUGCCAGGCUGCCGCUACCCAGGCUCGUGGUCUCCUGAAGAAGGAAGGCGUUGCCUUCACCCGACCCGGUGACUAUUUUGCGGAGAUGGUCAAGAACGAUGAGCACAUGGACAGAAUCAAGAAGAAGCUGUAUGACGAGGCUGCUGGUAAGAAGGCCGCUGCUGAGGCGCGCCGCCAACGUGACUUGAAGAAGUUUGGCAAGCAGGUGCAGGUCGCCAAGUUGCAGCAGAGAGCUAAGGAGAAGCGCGAGACUCUUGACAAGAUCAAUACCCUGAAGAAGAAGCGUAAGGCUGAUACUGCUGCUCCUACCGACGAUGCCAACGACCUCUUCGACGUGGCUAUCGAGGAUGCUGGCCAAUCCGACAGCCGCAAGCGUGGCCGUGGCGAGGGUGGUCCCAACAACAAGCGUCAAAAGAGAGAUCAGAAGUUCGGCUUCGGUGGUAAGAAGCGCUUCUCUAAGAGCGGUGAUGCUGCUUCCAGUGGUGACAUGCGUUCAUUCUCUGCCAAGAAGAUGAAGUCUGGUGGUGCUAAGCGCCCUGGCAAGAGCAAGCGUGCUCAGGGUCGC